AUGUCGUUCAACAGAGUUGAAACAUUCAUACUACAUCGAAUAUUUGUUGAUUUAAACAAAGAUCUUUUCGAAAAAAUCACCCAAGAACCAAUUGUAUCCAGGGUGAAAACAGGGUCUAAAUACAUUCCUUAUGAAUAUAUUGUUCAAUCACCAACAACAACCAUUUUAAAAAAUCAAAUUGCCGUGUAUAAUGCCAUCAGUGAAAAGAUUCAAGAAUUACCCAUUACUGAAAACAAUUUUGAAUUAAUCAUCUAUGGUCUUGAAUAUCAAUAUUUACAUUUAAAAUUCAGGACAUUAGAAAGAAAAGAUGUUGUUGAUAUCAUUGGUUAUGUUAUUAGUACAAGUGAUGGCAAGUUUGGUAUUACAAACUUGGUGGAAUCAAUACAACUCAUAAUCGAUCCCAAAUUACGUGUUGUAGUAGAUGAUUUUGCCUCAUUUACCAAGACAUUCCCCAAUUUGACGAAAACUUCAUUGAAUCAUGCUUUAGCAAUAACUUAUGCUUAUGGAAUUUUUUUUUAUCCCGUGGUCCAUAAUGUCCUUAAUUGUACUAAAAAUGUUAAAUUAAUGAGAGAUUUUAUGAGAUAUUAUUAUCUUCGAUAUUUACAAAAUCCUAAUGAUGAAUUUAUUGAUAUUACUCAAGAAGCUUAUAAUUUUUGUAAAGAAAAUUUCCCCAAUGAUAUUGAACAGAAAACUAAUCAAGUUAUUGAUGAAAUGACUUUAUCGGUUUUAUCUAGUACUUUAGGUUUACUUGAUUCAUUAGAGACUAGUAAAUUAGAAUAUAAACAAAGAAGAAUUGGUUAUCAAUAUACUCGAGGUUCAUUAUAA